AUGCAACAAUCUGGAAUAGCCACUCCUAAGAUAUCAGCUACUGAAUUAACUUUUGGACUUAUUAGAGACAAAGGUAUUUUGGGUCUAUAUAAAGGAACUGGUGCCACUAUGCUGCGAGAUGUUUCAUUUUCUGUUGUUUACUUUCCUUUGUUCGCUACUCUUAAUGCACUGGGUCCAAGAAAAAGUGCGGAUUCUAAUGAAGCAGUUUUUUGGUGCUCCUUCUUAUCUGGCUGCGCUGCUGGAUCAAUGGCGGCAUUAGUUGUCAAUCCAUUUGACGUAGUUAAAACAAGAUUGCAAUUACUGACCAGGGCAGAAGGUGAAAUGGCCUACAGCGGUGUACUAGACUGCAUAACGAAAACUUUACGCUACGAAGGACCUACAGCUUUCUUCAAAGGAGGUGCAUGUCGUAUGAUAGUUAUUGCACCGCUGUUCGGAAUUGCACAAAUGGUUUAUUAUCUUGGUGUGGCGGAAGCACUUCUAGGCGUGAAUAAAAAUUAA